AUGCUGUCUCUGACCUUGUUUGGGCUCUACCUGGUCUCCGCCACGGCUGUGGUGAUCCUAGUCAACGUCGUCUACCAACACCUCUUUCGCUUGCGGAACAGGACCGAGCCGCCAAUGGUCUUUCACUGGAUACCUUUUAUCGGCAGUACGAUUACCUAUGGCAUUGAUCCCUGCAAAUUCUUCUUUGCCUGCAGAGAGAAGUACGGCAACAUCUUUACCUUCAUACUUCUGGGCCAGAAAGUCACUGUCUAUCUGGGUGUCGAGGGGAAUGAGUUCAUCCUCAAUGGCAAACUCAAGGACGUCAAUGCAGAGGAAGUCUAUAGCCCAUUGACGACCCCAGUGUUUGGAUCCGACGUCGUCUACGACUGCCCCAACUCCAAAUUCAUGGAGCAGAAGAAGUUCAUCAAAUUCGGUUUGACGCAGUCGGCGCUCGAGGCACAUGUCCCACUCAUUGAGAAGGAAGUGCUGGACUAUCUGGAGACUUCGCCAAGGUUCCAAGGCACAUCCGGUCUGGUGGACAUUGCGGCUGCCAUGGCUGAGAUCACAAUAUUCACAGCCGCGCGGGCUCUCCAAGGCGAGGAGGUUCGUUCCAAAUUGACCGCCGAGUUUGCGGACCUUUACCAUGACCUAGACAGGUGCUUUACUCCAGUUAACUUUAUGUUUCCUUGGGCGCCAUUGCCCCGUAAUAAGAAGCGAGAUGCUGCACAUGUACGCAUGAGAGCGAUCUAUGUCGACAUCAUCAACCAACGUCGCCGAGACGGAGGAGAAGAUACUCAGAAAUCGGACAUGAUUUGGAAUCUGAUGAAUUGCUCCUAUAAGAAUGGCCAACAGGUUCCCGACAAGGAGAUUGCCCAUAUGAUGAUUACUCUGCUCAUGGCUGGUCAACAUUCGUCCUCCUCUAUUGGCUCCUGGAUUAUGUUGCGACUUGCCUCGCAACCAGAGGUACUUGAGAAGCUCUACCAAGAGCAGUUAGACAAGCUUGCACAAGGCGGGCCGGGCAGUAACCUUCGACCCCUCCAGUAUAAAGAUCUCGAGCUUCUCCCUUACCAUCAGCAUGUCAUUCGCGAGACCCUACGGCUACACUCCUCGAUUCAUUCAAUCUUGCGCAAAGUGAAGAACACACUUUCAGUACCCGGAACUUCUUAUGUCAUCCCACCUGGUCGUGUGCUUCUUGCUUCGCCUGGCGUGACCGCUCUCAGUGACGAACAUUUUCCAAAUGCAAGCCGCUGGGAUCCACAACGGUGGGAGAACCAGACAACAAAGGAAGACAGCGGCGAGAUGGUCGACUACGGCUACGGUGCCGUGUCCAAGGGCACUGCCAGCCCCUAUCUCCCUUUUGGCGCUGGUAGACACCGCUGUAUAGGUGAAAAAUUCGCAUAUGUCAACAUUGGCGUGAUCCUGGCGACCCUGGUGCGACAUCUCCGAUUGUCCAACAUGGAUGGGAAGGAAGGUGUGCCUGCGACCGACUACUCGUCGCUAUUCUCAGGUCCAAUGAAACCAAGCAUUAUUCAGUGGGGAAAGCGCUCGAAUGACCUGUCCAAAUAA